AUGCUCUAUGUACCCAGAAACCUGCGCUUUCUCCUCUGUCGUCCUCUAAAGUCUUCUUCUUUCCUUCUCUCUCUCAGACCCUUUUCUCCACGAUCCUUCUCUUCUUCGUCUCCAAUGGAAAAUAACGAAGCCAAUAAUGGUACCAAGUCUUCUGCUUUCCAGUUUAAUAAGAGAAGAGCUGAAGGAUUCGACAAAGUCGUUAAGACUAAGAAGAAUCUCGAACGAAAAACCCGCAAGCUCAAUUCCAACACUCUUGCUUACGCACAGAUCCUUGGAACGGGAAUGGAUACACAAGAUACAUCGUCUUCCGUAUUACUCUUCUUUGACAAACAGAGAUUCAUCUUUAAUGCUGGAGAGGGCUUGCAACGUUUCUGUACAGAAUAUAAGAUUAAACUAUCAAAGAUAGAUCAUAUAUUUUUGUCUCGUGUCUGCUCAGAGACAGCAGGUGGACUUCCAGGUCUUUUACUAACUCUUGCUGGUAUCGGUGAAGAAGGGCUUUCGGUGAAUGUAUGGGGUCCUUCAGAUCUUAAGUUACUAGUUGAUGCAAUGACGUUUAUUCCACGUGCGGCUAUGGUUCAUACGCGGAGCUUUGGUCCCUCGACUACACCUGAUCCUAUUGUUCUUGUGGAUGACGAGGUUGUGAAAAUAUCCGCCAUUACCUUAGAACCAUCUCUCUCCGAGCAAGAAUCUUGCGGCAAAUCCGUUGUAUAUGUAUGUGAGUUACCUGAAAUAAUGGGCAAGUUUGACAUACAGAAGGCCAAGAAUGUGUUUGGUGUAAAGCCUGGUCCAAAAUAUAGUAUACUCCAGUCCGGAGAAUCAGUGAAGUCAGAUGAAAAGGAUAUAACGGUUUAUCCGAGUGAUGUGAUAGGACCUUCAGUUCCUGGUCCCGUUGUUCUCCUUGUGGACUGUCCAACAGAGUCACACGCCAAAGAACUGUUCUCAGUGAAGUCGUUUGAGAGUUAUUAUUCGUGUCCUGACAGUCAAACCGGUGAGACAAAGUCUGUAGAUUGCAUCAUACAUUUGAGCCCGUCUUCUGUGACAACUAGUCCUACUUACCAAAGCUGGAUGGAGAAGUUUCAUUCGACGACUCAGCACAUUCUCGCUGGGCAUCAAAGUAAGAAUAUGGAGUUUCCAAUUCUGAAAGCAAGUUCAAGAAUCGCCGCAAGACUUAACUACUUGUGUCCACAGUUUUUUCCUGCUCCUGGCUUUUGGCCUCCUCAACAUGUUACUGAUUUCAAACCUGUAGGCGAGUUCUCGAGUUCAAAUCUUGGUAAAAGCAUUCCUGCUGCAAAUCUCCUUAAGUUCACUUUGCGUCCUUAUGCUAAUCUCGGGAUCGACAGAUCUUGUAUCCCUCCACAGUUGACAUCCUCACAAGUAGUGGAUGAGCUACUUUCAGAAAUCCCCGAGAUUCAAGAUAAAACUGAAGAAAUCAAGCAGUUAUGGAACAGACAACACAACAAGAAUGGGAGCAACGAGACUGAUCUUCCAAGCUCUCUUAAAAACAUUAGACGCGAUGACAUGGAGAUUGUACUUCUAGGCACCGGGUCGUCUCAGCCUUCCAAUUACCGGAACGUCACUGCGAUUUACAUUGACUUGUUCUCUAGAGGCGGUCUUCUCCUAGACUGCGGCGAAGGAACCUUAGGCCAGCUUAAAAGAAGAUACGGUUUAGAUGACGCGGAUGAGGCUGUUCGAAAACUGAGAUGUAUAUGGAUCUCUCACAUCCACGCCGAUCACCACGCGGGUCUUGCCAGGAUCCUAGCUCUCAGAUGCAAGCUUCUGAAAGGAGUGGCUCACGAGCCAGCGAUUGUGGUUGGACCGAGGUCGCUUAAACGGUUUCUUGAUGCAUAUCAAAGACUCGAGGACUUAGACAUGGAGUUUCUCGAUUGUAGAAGCACCACAACGACUUCUUGGGCAUCUUUAGAAAGCAAUGAAGAGGGUUCUUUGUUUAGUGAAGGAAGUCCUAUGCAGAGUGUCUUCAAAAGAUCUGAUAUACCGAUGGAUGCUCUGCCAUGUUUAAAGAAUCUGAAGAAGGUUCUUGGCGAAAUCGGUGUGGAGGAUUUGAUUAGUUUCCCUGUUGUUCAUUGUCCUCAAGCCUUUGGUGUCGUUGUAAAAGCAAAGGAAAGAUUAAACAGCGUUGGAGAAACAAUCCCUGGAUGGAAGAUGGUUUAUUCAGGCGACACAAGGCCUUGUCCUGAGACCAUCGAAGCAUCACGAGAUGCAACAGUUCUUAUACACGAGGCGACUUUUGAAGAUGAUUUGAUAGAAGAAGCUUUGGCAAAGAAUCACAGCACCACUAAAGAAGCGAUCGAGAUUGGAUCUUCGGCUGGUGUGUAUCGGAUUGUUUUAACGCAUUUUAGCCAGAGAUAUCCCAAGAUUCCGGUGAUUGAUGAGUCGAAUAUGCAUAACACUUGCAUUGCCUUUGAUUUGAUGAGCAUAAACAUGGCGGAUUUGCAAGUGCUUCCUCAGGUGUUACCGUAUUUCAAGACUUUGUUUAAAGAUGAGAUGGUUGAGGAAGAGGAUGCAGAUGAUGUCGCCAUGGAAGAAGCCUUGUGA